CACCGUAUAUAUAUAAGUCGGUACAACUCACACAGACGUCGUGAACAACUUAACAAACCUGCAGCAAUUAAACCAAUUUUCUUCAACACGCUUCGUUCCAAGUUUUUGGGCGUUUCUUGAUCUUGGUGAUUGAAUCAGGCAAGAUGAUGAGUCGCGGUGCGACGAAGGUGGCCAGAUCGGUAAUGGGUCAAGUGGGCCCACGCUUCUUCUUCACUGCAACUAUCCGUACAGCAGCCAACGACUCACUCGCCGGACUUGUUACCCGUACUAAUGGUAGAAUUCCCGUGGAUCGUUUUAAAGUUCCGGACAGUAAUGUUCUGACUUGGAUCAGAGCUCCGACUAUCGGUGUUCGCAGAGAGAGUACUGUGGCACUGGGUGAGGAUCAGAAGAAACCACAGACCGGUUCGGCAGGUGGCGCCGCCGGCAGUCCGGAUGAUAAAGCCAUUAUGAGUUAUUGGGGCAUUCAGCCUCCAAAGGUUAAAAAGGAGGACGGUUCGGAGUGGCCUUGGAACUGUUUUAGGCCAUCGGAGACGUACCAGUCGGACCUUUCCAUAGAUCUGAAGAAGCAUCAUGCGCCGGUGACGUUUCUGGACAAGUUGGCGUAUUGGACCGUCAAGUUACUUAGAAUCCCUACGGACAUAUUUUUUCAGAGACGGUAUGGGUGUCGUGCAAUGAUGCUAGAAACGGUAGCUGCAGUCCCUGGCAUGGUCGGAGGGCUGCUGCUGCACAUGAGGUCACUAAGGCGGUUUGAGCACAGCGGUGGUUGGAUCAAAGCUUUGCUUGAAGAAGCUGAAAAUGAGAGGAUGCACCUCAUGACAUUCAUGGAGGUAGCACAGCCAAAAUGGUAUGAGCGCGCUCUUGUCUUUACUGUCCAAGGCGUUUUCUUCAACGCCUACUUCCUCGCCUACUUGGUCUCCCCAAAACUGGCUCAUCGCGCUGUGGGCUACUUGGAAGAGGAGGCCAUCCACUCUUACACCGAGUUCCUCAAGGAGUUGGACAAGGGCAACAUUGAGAAUGUUCCUGCUCCGGCCAUUGCCAUUGACUAUUGGCGCCUCGCCCCUGAUGCCACCCUGAGAGAUGUUGUCCUGGUUGUCAGAGCUGACGAGGCACAUCAUCGCGAUGUUAACCACUUUGCUUCGGACAUACACUAUCAAGGACAUGAGCUGAAGGAAGCUCCGGCCCCUGUUGGGUAUCACUGAAAGUAGCAGAAAUUUGGUUAAUGAGUAAUGGAUGAUAAUUGAGGUAGGUGUCCCCCCUGCCCCGCUUUGAUUUAUGAGAGCUGAGUUAUGGAGGCUCCGUUUGUUUGGAGGGAAAACAAAAUCCAGUAAUGGGGAUGAGGCGUUGUGGUUAUGAUCGUAGUAGCUAUGCGAUCAACUAAUUUGUGCUACAAAAUACUCGCUUGAAAUAAGAUUAUAGAAGCUGCUCUAAUGAGGGAAAAUAGAAGAAAAAUGAUUCAAAUUUCCUGUUCUCUGAAGACGGAUUAUAUUUCCUGGAUUUAGUUUUCCUAAAUGUCAAAUGGAGCCUCAAUGCAGAUCGGUUAUGAAUUUUUUUUGUUUUGACUAUGUAUUUACAUGGAGUGGUAAAAUGUAGCUAAAAAGAUAUUGGAUUCAAACAAGAUUGAGGAAUGAUCAAUCUUUUGGAUAAAA